AUGACACCACUAAGUAAUCACGACUCGUAUCUUCCGUCUUACGAGUCCAGAAUAGUAAGUGAGUCUCGAGUUGCACGAAUUAAUGAACUUUACAACAAAACGAAGAAAAAAUAUCAUGAACACCGAGACUCUGUCAUUUCAAACAAUUCCACAUCUGUGCAGGAUGUUGGGCUUGAGGACCAUUGUCACCCUUUGUCAAAUGUUCCUAAUCCAGACGACGCUCACAUUCUUGCCCAGGGACCGCCGACUGUAACAAUAAAAGCCGAACCACCAUCGAAUCCGUUCCAUCCACCGGUACAUGAGAACAAAACUUCUCCUGAAGAAAACUACGAAGAAGAGUUACAAUUUACACCCAAACUGCGAUCAAAGAAAAGUAUCAUAUCAUUUAGGUCCUCGAGACAUAGCACGCCUUUAUCGCAUGGGAAGUCAACUGCAAGAGAGGAUCGGAGUUUUGGUGUUGUACAAGAGCCUCUUUUUUUCAACACAGACAACAAAAGGCGAGUAAUGAGCCGCAGAGAUAGAUUAAAGGAAUUGAAGGGCAAACUUGGUAACCCUGUUCCAUUAGAUUACUUGAAUCAGGAUGGCCCGGCGGAUGUGUCUUCAUUACUGGAGCGGCGUCAAGAAAUUGAAAAUAGAUGGAAGCGCAUUCUCUCCUCUGAUAAGGGAUUAAAUCAUCAGAAACUGCAAAAUAUCUCUCAUGCUUAUGAGAGCAGGAAUAAUUCAUUAGUUUUCUCUGAUGGCGAUAUAGUUGCAGACUCUUCUGUGGUGCAUAAUAAUGACAUUCCAAACUCAUCGAAUAAUAAGCUAGAUGAUAUUUCGGAAGAAGUCGAAAAAAAUCACUUAAGUAUUUCCAUUGACCAGAUUACUGACAUACGCGAAGGCAUAAGAAAUAAUAGCGAGAGACUAGACAAAGUUAUUGAGCUUUUAGGCGAAAAAAACUCUAACAAUCGGAGAGAAGUUGUAUUCUGGGGAAUCUGUAUUAUAAUACUUAUUCUACUUAACAUUUACGUGUAUAAGUUGUAA